UGCGCCCCCACAGCUACAAAAGAAACAAUAGUUGAUGAAGUUUUGGUGAAGGUUAGAAGCAAAGAUCACAAAACUCCUUAUCAUUGGGGCCUCACCCAUGCCUGUCCACAUUAGUUUUUUAUAGCGUCAGUUCCGGUUUGUUUCCAAAGUCCAAAUGGAACUUUGCCAUCAGCCAGUCCUCCCAAUUUAUUUCGGAUCCCAUCUCCUUCUCCCCCUUUUCCAUCUCUGAUUCUCUCCCCUGUUCUCAAGCUCUCUCCUUUUUUUCCCGUCUUCAUCCGAGGCUUCUCCGCAACUUCAAGGAAUAUAUAGAAGCCGCGGGGGCAUCGCUUGGGCAGCAUCGACAUGGAAGCUUCUGCCAAGAAGCCAUCUUGCAUCCAUUCCACGCGCGUUGGUCGUCUUUCUUGGAAGCCCUUUUAAAAACAGAGGCAGCGCGCUUCUGUGGGAACUCGAGGAGGGGGAGGGGUGGAAGAAAGAUCGGAUUUUGGGAAGGGAGAGUAGAAAUGGAGACCUAUUUGAACGAGAACUUUGGUGGGGUUAAGUCUAAGAAUUCGUCGGCCGAGGCGCUCGAGCAAUGGCGGAAGCUCUGCGGUGUCAUCAAGAAUCCCAAGCGCCGGUUCCGCUUCACCGCCAACCUGUCGAAGCGCUACGAGGCGGCCGCCAUGAAGAGAACCAACAAGGAGAAGUUGCGGGUUGCUAUUUUGGUGUCAAAAGCUGCACUUCAGUUUAUACAUGGCAUCCCAUUACGUAGUGAUUACACUGUACCUGAAGGAGUCAAGGCGGCAGGCUUUCAAAUUUGUGCUGAUGAAUUAGGUUCCAUUGUUGAAGGCCAUGAUGUGAAGAAGUUGAAAAUGCAUGGCGGGAUAGAUGGCAUUGCAAACAAGCUUUGUACAUCAACAACUAACGGACUUGUUGGUACUGCAGAUAGGUUGAUAUGCAGGCAAGAGAUUUAUGGAAUAAACAAGUUUGCUGAAAGCCCAGUUCGGAGAUUUUGGGUAUUUGUAUGGGAAGCACUUCAGGACAUGACUCUUAUUAUUCUUGCUGUCUGUGCCUUGGUAUCUCUGAUUGUUGGCAUUGCCAUGGAAGGAUGGCCAAAAGGUGCACACGAUGGCCUUGGCAUUGUUGCAAGCAUUCUUCUAGUCGUCUUUGUCACUGCGAUGAGUGACUACCGGCAAUCUUUACAGUUCAAGGAUUUGGAUAAGGAGAAGAAGAAGAUAUCUAUCCAAGUUACGCGGGAUGGAUUCAGACAGAAGAUGUCGAUAUAUGAUCUUCUUCCAGGUGACAUUGUGCAUUUAGCAAUUGGAGAUCAAGUCCCUGCUGAUGGGUUGUUCAUUUCUGGAUUCUCUGUAUUGAUUGAUGAAUCCAGUUUAACAGGAGAGAGUGAACCUGUCAUGGUAAAUAAAGAAAAUCCUUUUCUUUUGUCUGGAACUAAGGUCCAAGAUGGAUCUUGUAUAAUGUUGGUCACAACUGUUGGUAUGAGAACCCAAUGGGGUAAGCUGUUGGCCACACUUAGUGAAGGAGGAGAUGAUGAAACUCCAUUGCAGGUCAAAUUGAAUGGAGUGGCAACUAUCAUUGGGAAAAUUGGUCUGUUUUUUGCAGUUGUGACAUUCGCAGUGCUUUCAGAAAGCCUAAUUAGACGUAAAAUUCUAGAUGGUUCAUACUUGAGCUGGUCAGGGGAUGAUGCAUUGAAGUUGUUGGAGGUUUUUGCGAUUGCUGUGACCAUAGUUGUUGUUGCAGUUCCUGAAGGGCUGCCCUUAGCUGUGACCUUGAGCCUUGCUUUUGCCAUGAAGAAGAUGAUGAAUGAUAAAGCGCUAGUGCGCCAUCUUGCUGCUUGUGAGACUAUGGGCUCAGCAACAUCCAUCUGCAGUGAUAAGACAGGUACACUAACGACCAAUCACAUGACUGUUGUGAAGGCUUGUAUAUGUGGAGAGAUUAAUGAAGUAAGUAACCCUGAGAAGGUGAGUAGUAUGGGCUCCCAACUUCCAGAUGUUGUAGUGAAAAUUCUUCUGCAGUCUAUUUUCAAUAAUACCAGUGGAGAAAUUGUGAUCAACCAAGAUGGAAAGCUUGAAAUUCUCGGAACACCAACUGAGACUGCUUUGUUGGAGUUUGCCUUGUCACUUGGUGGAGAUUUUCAGGCCGUGCGUCAAGCAACUAAACUUGUAAAAGUGGAACCUUUUAAUUCCACGAAGAAGAGAAUGGGGGUGGUUCUCCAACUUCCAGAAGGAGGACUCCGUGUCCAUUCUAAAGGUGCUUCGGAAAUUAUAUUGGCUGCUUGUAAUAAGGUUUUAGAUCCUGCAGGUAAUGCUGUUCCCCUUGAUGAAGCAGCAGUUUGUCAUCUCAAUGAUACAAUUGAAAGCUUUGCUAAUGAAGCCCUUCGUACAUUGUGCCUUGCCUAUAUGGAAAUUGAAAAUAGUUUCUCAGUUGAGGAACAAAUUCCUACUGAAGGAUAUACUUGUAUUGGAAUUGUGGGUAUUAAAGAUCCUGUUCGUCCAGGCGUUAAGGAUUCAGUUGCAAUUUGUAGGUCUGCUGGAAUAACUGUGAGAAUGGUCACUGGAGAUAACAUAAACACAGCAAAGGCUAUUGCCCGGGAAUGUGGUAUUCUUACUGAUGAUGGGGUAGCUAUUGAAGGGCCAGAGUUCAGAAAGAAGAGUCCGGAGGAAAUGAAUGCUUUAAUUCCAAAACUUCAGGUGAUGGCUCGAUCUUCGCCAUUAGACAAACAUACCUUGGUUGAACACCUGCGCACGGUGUUCCGUGAAGUAGUUGCUGUGACUGGUGAUGGCACAAAUGAUGCUCCAGCACUUCAUGAGGCAGAUAUUGGACUUGCUAUGGGGAUUGCAGGAACUGAGGUCGCAAAAGAGAGUGCUGAUGUAAUUAUUCUUGAUGACAACUUUUCAACUAUUGUGACUGUGGCAAAAUGGGGGCGUUCUGUGUACAUAAAUAUUCAAAAGUUUGUGCAGUUCCAGUUGACUGUUAAUAUGGUUGCUCUCAUUGUUAAUUUCUCUUCAGCCUGCUUAACAGGAACUGCUCCUUUAACUGCUGUUCAGCUGCUUUGGGUCAACAUGAUCAUGGAUACACUUGGAGCUCUUGCUUUAGCCACUGAGCCACCUAAUGAAGGCUUGAUGAAAAGAGCUCCUGUUGGAAGGAAAGGGAACUUUAUCAGCAACAUAAUGUGGAGGAAUAUCCUGGGACAAGCCUUCUAUCAGUUUAUCGUAAUAUGGUAUCUCCAGGCAGAAGGGAAAGGGCUAUUUCAACUUGAGGGCCCUGAUUCUGAUCUUACACUUAAUACGCUUAUUUUCAAUUCGUUUGUCUUUUGUCAGGUUUUCAAUGAGAUUAGCUCUAGAGAGAUGGAGAAAAUAAAUGUGUUUCAGGGCAUCUUGGAGAACUAUGUGUUUAUGGCUGUCAUUACUAUCACCGUCAUCUUCCAAUUUUUUAUUGUUCAACUCCUUGGAGAUUUUGCCAGCACAGCCCCGCUUACAUUCAAUCAGUGGUUUUUGAGCAUGUUCAUCGGUUUUCUUGGCAUGCCUGUUGCUGCUGCCAUCAAAAUGAUUCCUGUGGAAUCCAGGUGAAAGAUCAACAAUGGCAAAAACUGGUGCCUGCGGUUUUCCAGGCCUUUUCAGAUGGCUAGCUCCAUGGGCUUUUGCAUCACUGGGUAAGUAGAAACAAUUAUCAAGCACGUCAUGCAGAAAGGCCAUGAAGACGAAGAAAAUAAUCUGCUCAUAUUUUUGAGCUUGUCUUAAUGAUCUGUACGAAAUGUCAUGCCAUCUAAACUCAUUCUGUACUGGACCUAGGCCUAGAAAUCUAACAUUCUUUUCUAUUGUUAAAGUGAUGAAUUUUGAACUUGUAGAAAGGCUUGGUGAUAGGUAUCCUGCUUCCCUCCAUGUGUUUUCUUGAUUUGCUCUCUAAUGUGUAUCUGCUUGGAAAGGAAUGAAAGAUAGACUCCUGUUAAUUGACCUAUGAAUCAUUAUUAUCUUUUUCUACUUCCA